AUGGAGCUUGAUAGCCCUCAUAUCAAUGGGGCCACCACUCCCAGGCGGUCUGGACUGGCGUUGACUGAAUACACCGCCACGCCCACACCACCUUCGGAACGAGUAGACAUUCCCUCCUACGACGUGCCUCGAGAUUAUCUUCUCCCAACCGGCUACCCAGACUAUCUGCGACUUAUCCUGACAUCCCGAGUCUACGAUGUCGUUUCCGAAAGUCCCCUUUCGCACGCCGUCAACCUCUCCAACCGCCUCGAGUGCAAGGUGCUGCUCAAGCGAGAAGAUUUACUACCCGUGUUCUCGUUUAAACUGCGUGGCGCAUACAAUAAGAUGGCACAUCUGCCGCCUGAGUCACGCUGGAAGGGGGUGAUUGCUUGUUCUGCCGGUAACCAUGCUCAAGGUGUGGCUUACUCGGCCAGGCACCUGAAGAUACCCGCGACAAUUGUCAUGCCGCAGGGGACGCCAGCAAUCAAACAUUUGAACGUCAAUCGAAUGGGCGGUAGCGUGGUUUUGCACGGGGCGGACUUUGAUUCGGCCAAGGAACACUGUCGUACCUUGGAGAAACAGUACGGAUUGACAAAUAUCCCGCCAUUCGACGACCCCUAUGUCAUUGCAGGACAAGGCACUAUUGGUUUGGAGUUGCUGAGGCAAGCCUCCCUACAAAAGCUGAAGGCUAUAUUCUGCUCUGUUGGGGGCGGUGGCUUGAUUGCUGGGAUUGGCGUUUACGUCAAAAGAAUAGCACCGCAUGUCAAGAUCAUCGGUGUUGAGGCGUCGGACGCCAAUGCCUUGGUACAAUCGCGGAAGGUAGGCGAGAGAGUAUUGCUGCGGGAGGUCGGACUAUUCGCCGACGGCGCCGCGGUCAAGACCAUGGGAGAGGAGACGUUCCGAAUCUGUCAAGAGGUGGUGGAUGAAGUGAUCGAAGUCAGUACUGAUGAGAUAUGCGCCGCCAUCAAAGACGUCUUUGAGGACACGCGAUCCGUACUGGAGCCCGCCGGGGCUAUGUCGCUGGCAGGACUGAAGAAAUGGGUUGCGACGAACCCCUCAGCCGACCCUAACCGAGAACUGGUCGCUAUUGCCAGCGGUGCCAACAUGAAUUUUGACCGAUUACGAUUCGUCGCUGAACGCGCUGCUCUCGGUGAGCAGAAAGAAGCUCUGCUGACAGUGACAAUACCCGAACGCCCAGGCUCGUUCGCUCAGUUGGUUGAAGCGGUUCUCCCUCAAGCAGUCACGGAGUUUGGCUACAGGUAUUCAACCACUGACCAGGCCCAUGUCUUGAUGGGCAUCUCUGUCUCAUCGGCGCAUUCGAGAGCCAAGGAACUCGACUCGCUCUUUUCCCGACUCUCCGCUGAAGGCAUGACGGCGACAGAUCUCUCGGACGAUGAACUCUCCAAAACCCACAUUCGAUACCUUGUUGGCGGGCGAUCGGGGCUGAAAGAUGAGAGGCUGUACAUGUUUGAGUUUCCUGAGCGGCCAGGUGCAUUGUUCAAGUUUCUCCGGACUCUUCGUCCUGGCCAGAACAUCACACUGUUCCACUAUCGCAACUACGGCGGGGAUAUGGGCAAGAUCCUUGCGGGCAUUCAAUGCCCGGAGUCGGAGAGGGAUCAAUUGGAGGGUUUCCUCAAGGACAUAGGUUAUCCCUUCAAGGAGUGCACGGAUAGUCCGAUCUUCAAAAUGUUCCUGCGGGAGUAG